UGACCUGAACAUAUCACAAGCUCAUUCUCUGUGAUCAUUUAGAUCACUGAUACUUUAAACACUGAAAGAUCUUUGGAGGACUGAAUGCCAUGGACAACAUGACUGCUGACUACAGCCAAGAUGACUACGACGAGGCAGUAAACAACUCAAUGUGUGACUUUGACGAGUGGGAACCGUCAUAUUCGCUGAUUCCUGUACUUUACAUGCUCAUCUUCAUCAUUGGCCUCACUGGGAACGGUGUGGUCAUCUUCACCGUAUGGAGGUCCCAGUCCAAACGGAGAGCUGCGGAUAUCUACAUUGGAAACCUGGCUCUUGCAGACCUGACCUUCGUGGUGACCCUGCCACUGUGGGCUGUCUACACCGCUCUGGGAUAUCACUGGCCCUUUGGCGUGGCCCUCUGCAAGGUCAGCAGCUACGUGGUGUUGCUCAACAUGUACGCCAGUGUCUUCUGCCUCACCUGCCUGAGCCUGGACCGCUACAUGGCCAUCGUUCACUCCCUCACCAGCACUCAGCUGCGGACCAGAGGACACAUGCAGGCCUCGCUGGCCGCCAUCUGGAUCCUCUCAGGUGUGCUGGCUGCACCGACGCUGCUAUUCCGCACCACAGUGUAUGACACUGAGACCAACCGCACCUCCUGCGCCAUGGACUUCAGCCUGGUGGUGAGCGAACCAGGCCAGGAGACCUUUUGGAUCGCCGGCCUCAGCAUCUCCUCCACUGCUCUUGGCUUUCUGAUCCCACUUCUGGCCAUGAUGGUGUGCUACGGAUUCAUCGGCUGCACCGUCACACGUCACUUCAACAGCCUGCGCAAGGAGGAUCAGCGCAAACGUCGCCUGCUCAAGAUCAUUACCACAUUGGUGGUGGUGUUUGCUGCAUGCUGGAUGCCCUUCCACAUUGUGAAGACCAUGGACGCUCUUUCAUACCUGAACCUGGCUCCUGACUCCUGCACCUUCCUGAACCUCCUUCUUCUGGCCCAUCCCUACGCAACCUGCCUGGCGUACGUCAACAGCUGCCUCAACCCACUCCUCUACGCCUUCUUCGACCUCCGCUUCCGCUCCCAGUGCCUCUGCCUCCUCAACCUGAAGAAAGCCCUUCACGCCAGUCCUGCCAGCUCCCUUUCUUCACAGAAGACCGAGGCCCAGUCGCUGGCUACUAAGGUGUGAGGAGGUGAGUGGAAGGGUGAUGCAGAAUUGGGGUGACAAGUAAGCAUCUACCCUCCAACUGUUACAUCCUUCACAAGAACUCAAAGGUAACUCCGUUGUUUUUGGGGACAAGCAGACUUUCCUUUUGUAUCUGACUGUGGGAACUUGAGGAACCAGUUUCCCCCGUCCCGGGACUUUACAUAGGUACUCUGUGU